CCGGACAGUGAUUGAAAGGCACUACGAUGGAUGCUCCUGGACCUCCUCUCCAUCUUCUCCUACUGCUGGUGUUAAGUCCAGCACAUCUGCCCGCAGCAGCAUAUACACUCGUAGAUGAGCAGCAGCCACAGCACAAAGUCCUCCACCUUGACUGGCCCAAGGACUGUGGGCAGCCCUACUACAAGCCCAACAUGGCUGAGAGGAUCGUGUCAGGUUACGAAGCCAGGCCUCACUCCUGGCCGUGGCAGGCUUCUCUGCAGGUUCGGCCCAGAGGAAGCAAACAUUACAUUCACGUCUGUGGAGGAACUCUGAUCCACAAAAACUGGGUCCUCACUGCUGCUCAUUGCUUCCAAAAAGGUAAAGCGGAGGACGCAGGGAGUUGGAGGAUUGUCUUGGGGAAGCACUACCUGAAGAAGACUGAGGUGACAGAGAGGAUUUACCCAGUGAAGAGAAUCUACAGACACGAGAACUUCCGCUACCCAGCACACAGCGAGCUGGACUAUGACAUCGCCCUGGUGAAAGCUGCCACAGACAUCCUGCCCUCCAACUUCAUUCGCUACGCCUGCCUGCCGCGCACACGGACACGUCUUCAACCAGGACACUACUGCUGGGUGACAGGAUGGGGAGACACCAGGGGAGGGAAGGAAAACGUGUCUCUGGCAGAGUCUCUCAAUCAAGCCCGCCUUCCAAUUAUCGACUACAAAACUUGUCGGCAGAAGAAGUUCUGGGGAGACCGAGUCCGGGACUCGAUGAUCUGCGCUGGAUUCAGAGACACAGAGGAUCCACCUGCUGCUUGUCAGGGCGACUCUGGUGGUCCACUGAUGUGCCAGCUGGGCAGGGACCGUUGGGAAGUGCACGGUGUUGUCAGCUUUGGCCCGAUCGGCUGCACAGUGGAGAACAAGCCUAGUGUCUUCACUCGCACCACUGCCUACUUCUCCUGGAUAGAGGCGACGCGCAUCAGAGACUUCUUCCUCCACUAAAGGGUGAUGGGAAAAUUGCAUUAUUUAACAUUUAAACACAGGUUCACCAUCCAUGCCCCAGAGAAGGGAAACUGCCUUUGUGAUGAUGGGGAACUUGAAGGGAAUAAAGAAUAA